AUGUCGGCCUCAGACUACCCACCAGAGGUUGGGCACAAAUUUUGCCGUAUGGCAGACGGCACGAGUAUGAAGGAGAUAGCUCUUUCUUGUUUCUCGCCCGAAUUUAAGGAGCGAUACGGAAGGCCAUUCCUUGAAUGGGUCUGUUGGGAUGUUAGAAUUGGCCGACACAUUCCUAAUGAUAUUACGAUCCCGAAAUAUCGGAUCGGUUUCGCGCGCCUGGUUAUCACAAUCGAUUUUGUGCAAUUCUGUGGAGCUGUUGACAACGCUAAUGCUCUAAGAACUGUGCCCGUUAGUCGCCAAGAUAAGGAGGGAAGUUGGUGCCAACUUGUGCUCAAAAAAUAUGACGACGUCAAGGAUGCCGAUCGAGUUGAGCUAAUCGGCAAGAGACUUGGCACUGCCAAUGUUUUGAGCUCGGAACAAGAGGUACACGAGUGCUUGAAGUCGCUCUUUUGCGACAUGGUACAGCAGGUGCUAUCCGAGGAGGCAGAGGAUUACUGGAAGGAUAUGGCAAGGAGCUAUCCAGAUAUGGAUACUUCUAAAUUUAAUCUGGAUAUGGCCAGCUUGGAGUUCCAUAUGUUAACAAUGGACAUUGAGCCUAAGAAGGGCAAAGAAGAGGAAGCGGGAGACGAAGAAGAAGACGAAGAAGACGAUGAAGACGACGAAGACGAAGACAGUGUACCAGCUUGGUUUCGUGAAGUUCGGAAGGGGUCGAGGGACCAGGGGGGAGGAGGGGAUAUAGAGGAUGAGGAGGGGUUUUACCGAGCAUACUUCCGUAGAGAAGGCUCCGAGGAAGAAGAGGAGUGUGAUGAGGCGGAGGAUGGACGGCCCUGGGGGGAGGACGAGGAUGAGGACGAGGGCGAACUGGAGGAGGAUGGCGAUGCAAUGGAUUUAGAUUGA